UUGUGUAGAGGAAGUGAAAAGUUGGUGGAGUUAGCCAAUGGAAGAUAGCAUAGCUUCUUUUUUCAUAUAUAUUAAUAUUUAAUCCUUUUUACCUUCACUGCAGUUUGCGUAAAGGAAAGCGAAAGGAACUGUAUUUCAAGAAUCUUUCCAAACAAAAACAAAUCAUGGAGAAGAAUGGGAACAACCGAAAACUUCGGGUUUGCGUUGCUACUUGCAACCGAGCUGAUUAUUCAAAAUUAGCUCCUAUUAUGUUUGGCAUUAAGGCGGAACCACAGUUCUUUGAGCUUGAUGUCGUGGUGCUUGGCUCCCAUCUGAUUGAUGACUAUGGCAACACCUACCGUAUGAUUGAACAAGACGACUUUGACAUUCACACGAGGUUGCACACCAUAGUGAGAGGCGAGGAUGAGGCAGCCAUGGUGGAGUCGGUAGGCCUUGCGUUAGUAAAGCUACCGGAUGUCCUCAACCGUCUGAAACCUGACAUAGUGAUCGUUCAUGGGGACAGAUUUGAUGCUCUGGCACUGGCCACAUCUGCAGCCUUAAUGAAUAUUCGGAUUCUUCAUAUUGAAGGCGGGGAAGUCAGUGGGACCAUAGAUGACUCAAUCAGACAUGCCAUAACCAAACUGGCUCAUUUCCAUGUGUGUUGCACAAGAAGUGCAGAGCAGCAUUUGAUAUCCAUGUGCGAAGAUCAUGAUCGCAUCCUCUUGGCUGGCUGUCCCUCAUAUGACAAACUUCUCUCCUCCAAAAAUAAAGACUACAUGAGUAUUAUACGUAUGUGGAUAGGUGAAGAUGUAAAACCAAGAGAUUAUAUAGUCGCUCUGCAGCACCCUGUGACCACGGAUAUUAAACAUUCCAUAAAGAUGUUUGAACUAACGUUGGAUGCACUUAUCUCCUUUAACAAAAGGACACUAGUUCUGUUCCCAAACAUCGAUGCAGGAAGCAAAGAGAUGGUUCGGGUGAUGAGGAAGAAGGGCAUUGAGCAUCAUCCCAAUUUUCGAGCAGUAAAGCAUGUUCCGUUUGAGCAGUUCAUUCAGUUAGUGGCACAUGCUGGCUGUGUGAUUGGUAACAGCAGCUGUGGUGUUCGAGAAGUGGGAGCGUUUGGAACCCCUGUCAUCAAUCUGGGAACACGUCAAAUAGGAAGAGAAACAGGCGAAAAUGUUCUUCAUGUUCGUGAUGCUGACACACAGGACAAAAUACUACAAGCUUUGCAUCUCCAGUUUGGACAACAGUAUCCUUGCUCAAAAAUAUAUGGGGAUGGUAAUGCUGUCCCAAGAAUUCUGAAGUUCCUCAAAUCGAUUGACCUCAAAGAGCCACUGCAGAAGAAGUUCUGCUUCCCUCCUGUAAAGGAGAACAUCUCACAAGAUAUUGACCAUAUCCUAGAAACUCAGAGUGCCUUGGCUGUGGAUCUAGGUGGAACAAAUCUCCGGGUAGCGAUAGUCAGUAUGAAGGGUGAAAUAGUGAAGAAAUAUACCCAGCUCAAUCCUAAAACCUAUGAGGACAGAAUAGGAUUGAUUCUCAAGAUGUGUAUGGAGGCUGCAUCAGAAGCUGUAAAUCUGAACUGCAGAAUUUUGGGAGUGGGUAUUUCUACAGGUGGACGGGUGAAUCCCCGAGAAGGAAUCGUGCUUCAUUCCACAAAGCUCAUUCAGGAGUGGAGUUCUGUUGAUCUGAGGACCCCGAUAUCUGAUGCUCUGCACUUGCCAGUCUGGGUGGACAAUGAUGGCAACUGUGCUGCUCUGGCAGAGAGAAAAUUUGGGCAUGGAAAAGGAGUGGAAAAUUUUGUAACGCUAAUCACUGGUACAGGAAUUGGAGGUGGAAUCAUUCAUCAACAUGAAUUGAUCCAUGGAAGUUCCUUUUGUGCUGCUGAACUUGGACACAUUGUGGUGUCUCUAGAAGGACCAGAGUGCCUAUGUGGGAGCCAUGGAUGUAUAGAAGCAUAUGCCUCUGGAAUAGCCUUGCAGAGAGAAGCUAAAAAACUACAUGAUGAGGAUCUGUUGUUAGUGGGCGGAAUGUCAGUGAAGACGGAAGAGACCAUUAGUGCUGUGCAUCUCAUUCAGGCAGCUAAACUUGGGAAUGCAAAGGCUGACAGCAUUCUCAGAACAGCUGGGACAGCUCUAGGCCUUGGCGUAGUGAAUAUCCUGCACACCAUGAACCCCUCUCUAGUGAUCCUUUCUGGAGUUUUAGCAGGCCAUUACGUUAACAUCGUCAAAGACGUGAUCCGUCGGCAGGCUUUGUUCUCUGCUGAGACAGUGGAUGUAGUUGUCUCAAAUCUGGCGGACCCUGCUCUGCUUGGAGCUGCUAGCCUGGUGCUAGAUUACAGUACACGCCGAAUAUACUAGGUACCUGGGGAAGUUCCAGAAAUGGACAGUCCAGCUGUAUAACUGUUCUGGAGGGUGGGGGAAAUACUGUGCCCAAAGUAUUUCCUGCUGACCAUCAGCUUUAUCUUCUGUAGUAAAGCAGACUAGUGUUUUAGGUAGUUAGUUACUACUUCAGUAUUUCCUUAUUGUAGUAAUACCUCUUUGUAUUUUUUUCUACAUUUUAGCCAAGUUCAGAUGACGUAAUGUGCAUUUCCAUUUUUUUGUUCACCUCUGUAGCUUGGGAGCUCAGGUGUUGCUUAAGCGAUGCUAGAAAGACUUAUCCAUAAGCACAUUCCAGUGUUCUCCCGGGAUAUAUUUGGUGAGGUGUGCCAAGUUCUAGACAACACUUGGGAACCUUGGUCCUGUCUCGUAACUAUGUGAAACUAGAAAAGCCUGCAGACAAGGGCUGGUUUGUCUGACUCAGCUUUGAAUUCCCUCGCCCUCACGCACAAGUGGAUGUGCUGCAAUCCUAACCCAUAGGGCGUCAUCCCGCUGGGUGGAAACAACACAGAGGUUGCCUCUCAGGAGACAACCCUGGCAGCCAGAGCUCCUCUCAGAGAAGGAUUCUUUUUGUUGUUAUUUAUUUGUAUUGUUGGUGCCGAGGGGUCCCAGUCAGGGAUCGGGGCCCUGUUUGUGCAAAAGCAAAGCCUGUCCCUGUCCAUAUAAGCUUACACGAUGCAACAUGUGGCCAGACAAACGGGGGAGUGUGGGAGCAAGGUAGCAGAGUGUCAUCUGUGCCUCCUCAGCAAUUGCUUUUGGCAAUGACCAGCAGUGAGUUAUUUGAAUUUGACCUGUUCCACUAAUUUGGAUGUAGGUUGGGGCGGAUUUCAGUUUCUCCGGGUUGCUGGUCUGCCACAGCAUGAGUCUGUCCCAUGUUAGCAUGCCAGGAUUAUUCACGCCUUUCGGCUGGACUACAGCAGUGCAAUAGCCCUGGGCAUGAAGCCAUCAGCACUCAGGAAACUCCAGCUGGUACAGAACACUGCAGCACAUCUCCUGGGAAACCCAGGCUACCCACAAGCACAUCAGCCCUGCCCUCUGCUUCCUAAACCAGCUUCCUGGUAUGGAAUACUCAAUCAUGUUCAAGGUCGUGGCCCUUAUCUUCAAAGUGCUCCGUGGCUUGAGCCCAAGGUGUCUAAAAGACUGCCUAAAGUUCUGGUAUGAAGAUCAUGAUUGACAACUGUGCUCUUCUGGCACAGUGAAACUUUCAACCCUACAUAUCAAGCUUCUCUGAGCAGGAGACACAGCCUUCGCACGAGCCGGCCAGAGACUGGAACAGACUCUACAAGAACUGAGACUAUCACAAACCUCCCCACCUUCCGCUCCAAGCAUCAGAGGCAUUUCUUGGACCAUGUCUUCUCUAACAUAAAUAUGCACCCCCCCCCACCUUUUCCAGUAUAUCUGUGUGUAUGCUAGUAUAAAACUUCCAGAACAAAACACACUUCUCUGCAUCGAGGGGGGUGAGAAAACCGCCAUGUGACAGAGGUUAGUCCCCUGGCUUAAUGCACUGCUGGAAGGUGUGCAGUCAAGCCCCUAGGAGCCAGGCAUGUGACGUGGGCGCUGAACACCAGAGCAAAGAGAACAGUCUCUGCCCACAAGAAUACGGCACUGAGCCUUUAGACUCCAACCCAAGGCUCAGGUGCUGAGUUCUGUUCUCUCUCUGACCACCCGUAUCUAUCCCAGAAUGACACUGACCGCACCAGACUUGCCCAAUGAUGGGCACUGUUCUCUGUGAAGGAAACCAUCAAGAUUCUACACCUUCCAAUGAGACCAAGGUCCUUGCAGGGCCCAGUGUGGCCUCCAAACCUGGUGGGGGGGUUCUCCCCCCCCCCUUUUUUUUUAAUAGCAAGAGGACACUUAGCAGAGGAUGGAGGGGGGAGCUAUUCCCUUGUAGCAUCCCCUCGACAAACAGUGGUGCUGUGAACGGGGGACAAAUGGCUGCAUGUGAGAUCCUGCCUGCUGUUCACCAAAGUCCCCUCUCAGCUGCAGUUUGAUGGGCACAGGGGGCUCAGUGUCACUCAGAGCUACAAGCGAGAGGGCUUGGCUUCCACUGAGACCUGGGUAGCCCAGGCUGUUGCAGACCAGAACCUCAAUGAAGAACUUGUUCAGAGUAAGGUCCCUCCCAACAGGGGUGGUUUCACUGCCAUUACUCAGGCUUGCUGCAUAUCGAGCUGGGUAAGGCAUAGCUAGAGCACAUCAGAACUAAAGCCAAGGAAGGAGCCAUGGAGUUUAGUGAUUGUAUGGGACCAAACAAAGAAAAAACUGGAAGGGGAGGGAGGGUGGAUGAUAGGGUCAAAACAAGAGCAUGGGUUGAGGAUACUGAGCAGAGAAGCUUGCGUAGCACCCACCACUGCAAAGGAGUCUAAAGUGGCAGGGGACAUUGCACUGAGCUGUGGGAUAGGCAGGCUCCACUCACAGAGAACAUCCUUGGCAGUGGCGGAGCUAGGUCCUAAGUGCAGGGGGAGCAAAUCUAAAAAAGGUGGCCCCCCCUUGGCUCCUCCUCUGGCCGCUCCGC